AUGCCUGAAACCCAGACACACAAGCGUAAACGCAGUCAUCAGGGCAUUCCUACUGAUAUGCGCGAGAGAAUGAUGAGCUCCCUCGAUGUUCUACGCGAAAAAUACUCCGGAAUAGAGAAAACGGAGGAGGAAAUGGCAGAAGUGGAGAAAAAUGUGGACGAAUGUCAUCGCUUUUUGGAAGAAAGAAAAGUGACGUUCUCAGAUGCCUCAAAGGUUGAACUUGAAAACUUGAAUGUCAAGACGGGGCGACUCCUCUUCAACCCCCGCAAGAUUGAUCAGUUGGCACAAGCUCGAGCGCAGCAUGUCGUUGGGGAACAGCUGAAAGACCUUGGCUCUCGAUUGCAAAAGAUCUAUCGGCGCGUGAAUAUGAUGUGCGAGAAAGGCAAAAACGGCGACUACCAGGAAUAUCUUGUUAGUCAAACCCCGACUGAACUUGAAGGCCUUUUCCGGUCUGCGGCUGGACACUUCUUCCUCAUAGAAGCCGAAUUGAGAUCACCUGAGUGGGAUGAACUCAUCCUGGAAGCCGUCGCGCAGGCAAUGACGAUUUCGUCGAACGCGAACUUGAAUACUGUUCGCUUCUGCGUUUCAGAUGGCACCUAUUUCGCCUUUUAUGUGUUGAAAAAGAAAAGGGGGGUCUUCACAUACUAUGGAUCAAUCUUUCGGAAAGUUCAUCCAGACGAUGAUAAUUUCGAUGACGAGCUUCAAGUGAUUAUAAACCUUCUUCUUGAAUGGCUCCAGCCCACACGAACUGAUUUGUAUCAAUUGAAAGAGAACCCUAGGUUUGUCAGGCAUCUCGCCCGUGCUGAACAGGGCAUGUGA